AGGUCGACUCUACAUAGGCACCUACUAGCGUCUAGAUGCGCAUUGAAAUGAAUUUUGAUGUAUCUACCUUUCUACACGUCCUUCCUGAGAGACAUCAUGUUGAGAGGCGCUCUCGUUACUAUCUACCUACCUAAGGUAUCUAGUAGGUACCUAAUAUGGAUUUCUAUGGUCCCGUUGCAACUCCCACCUUGGGUAGCGCUUUUUCAACCGCAGAUUAUGUCCCACACGCCGGUUCUACCUGUGACGGGCUGAAUAGCCUCCCUCAGGGCUAUCCCUCUAGCUUCGCCGGCCAUGAGGGUGCUUGGGCCGGAAAACAGGAUAUGGACCAUGAGCUCCAUUUUAUUCACACCUUGUCCGGGGAGGAGCUGACCGAAGUAUGCUCCGCAAAGGAUCACUUCAAAUCAUUGGAACUUGAUGGAGAUCUAGUCACCCGAGAAAACUUCCCUCUUCCUUCACUUGGCCCCAAAUUGGAUGAGCUUAGUCAGGAUAUUUAUAACGGCAAGGGUCUCUGCGUUGUUCGUGGAAUCGAACCAGACAAAUACCCCGUUGAAGACCUAACCAUUAUCUGGUUGGGAAUCCAAGCAUACAUUGCUGACCAACGAGGAUGUCAAGAUCAUUUGGGAAAUAUGCUUGUCCACAUUGUGGCAGACAACUCUUCCAAGACUAAAUUAGGCCACCAUCGCCACUCCACUUCCGCAAUUUCUUUCCAUAACGAGGAAGCUGGCGACGUGAUCGCUUGGCUAACUCGUAGCGCUGCGGCGACUGGUGGCAAGUGUAUCGUUGCUUCGGCAUAUACGAUCUAUAAUAUCUUAGCGGCCCACCGACCCGACAUUAUACGCACCCUUGCGAAGUCGGAUUGGCCAUUUGCUCUGCCGCGUUUCCAAUGCCGGCCAUUGCUGUUUUACCAUAGAUCGAGGUUGAUCAUGAAUUUUGGUCGCACGCCUCUACUAGGGAAUGCUAUCCACCCACGCCCAGAGCAUCUCCCGAAACUCAAUGACCGCCAGCGCGAGGCACUUGACGUAGUGGAGGUAAUUGCUCAAGCCGUCCAGCUAGAGAUCAAGACCCAGGCCGGCGAUAUGCAUUUCAUUAACAACCUUGCCGUUCUCCACAGACGCGAAGGAUUCGUCGACGGGGAAUCUGCCCAGCAGAAGAGGCAUCUAGUCCGCAUGAGACUACGCAGCUCACACCUGGGGUGGGACAUCCCCGACGAUCUAAAGCGAGAGUGGCAUGACGCCUUUGACGCGGAUACUUACCAGACGUGGCACCUUGAACCGAUGCCUGGCGACGUGUUUCCCCUUCGCAAAUACACCAACUAGGACGACUCGCAUGCACACUAGGGGCGGGUACUCAUGCAAUACCUCUCAGGGGAAGCUACUACAAGUAAGACAAGUCUCCAAUGAGGUUUCGGAGCUGCACACAUUACGGCAAAAUUGGUUCAGGGAUCGGUUCUUUCACAGCUUAUUAAAUUUCCUUAUCGUUCUAAACGUAAUAUGUAAUACGGAGUUUGCGGGGAGAGGGAGUAGGACAAGUGUGUCGCCCGACAGAAUUAUGAGCACAACAGAAUCUAGACAAGCUCGGAUACAAUCCUUUAACAUUGUAUGGACGUCUAGAAUAAUAACAAGACGAAAGAAAAAAAAAGGGGGUAGAGAGAUACAAGAGGUUCAAAGACUACCUAGGUAGCUUCGAUCCCUUCCAACCAUAUUAUUACCUAGCCUACGCUAUACUACCACCUUAACCAAAAAUAUUUGUUCCGAUAUAUUGUUGCAGUCUAGGCCAUUUUCCCACCCCAAUAAAAUCCCCACAGCUAACGUACGGAUUGGCCCCUUUGCAUCUCAAGCGUUGACUUGGCAGAAACUUUUUUUUCUCUUUCUCUUUCUCCUAUACUCUUCAAUGCUACGAUGGCCGCGUUCGAACUAGACAAUCGAACCAUGGUACGA